AUGGAGGUCGACACCACGGCGAAUUGCGUCCAGGGCGCGGCGGAAAACGGCAGCCCCAACAUCGCUUCCAUGUCCUUCCUGUGGCUGAAGGACGUGCCCAGCAUGGGCGACCUUCAAGAACAGGCCAAAGACUGGGAAAGCGUGCUCCUAUCCGCCCUCGGACAAACAAAGUACACGGAGACCGACAUGAGGCAGUUCUUCGUGUCCAAGCUGCUUGCCAACGGCCCCACUUGCAUGGAAACCCUCUACUCCGUCUUGGCGAUGCAUGGCUUCCCUGGAUCUCACAGCCACGCCCAGCUGGCUAUGGACACCGCCGGCGACCUCUUGCAGAGCGCGUCCGAGUUUCUGUGCACCAAGAACGUGGGCAUGCCACGGGCUUAUGCCUACUGGAUCCUUUGCAGUAGUUACUGCGUGGAGUGGGAGCGCCGGUACGGUGCCCUGGGCCUGAUGGACGUGCCAGGCUUUGGCGUUUCGGUUGUGCGGACUGGGCAGCCGCUGACCACACUGCGCCAGGCAAGCCUGAUUGAGAAGCUUCUGUGGUCCCCCAACGAUGGCGAGUGGUCUGAAGACACGGCGGAGUUUGCUCAGUGCGUGGAUCUGGUGCUGGGCAGCUUGGGAGGGGUAGUCCUUGAGGCCGUUCCAGCUCUGCUGGCAGUAGGUGCCAACCUGGAAGAUGAUAUUCUGCCCACGAUGGUAAACUACCUCUUGCGUGGUCCAAAAUCCAAGGACUUCCCCACUGGCACGACUGGGGCUGAGUCCGGACGCAGGCGAGCGAACUUCCGCGUGCUGAUGGGAGAGGUUCAGUGGGGCGAGCUGCAAUCCCAUCUGUCCAGCAUCACCAACCUGCAGACCGUGCUGGGCGACAUCUGCUCUGCUGCCUCGACCGCCUCUGCGAAUUUUGGCCCAGCGGAGCGGGAGGAGUCAGACAGCCCAGAGGGGGCGGACCUGGUGGUGAACUGCAUUCGCACGAACGCACAGUCCCACACGGUCAUGCUGUUUGGCACACUGCUCUUGAUGGCGCUGCUGAACCGUGUGCCCAGCCUGUACCCAGCAAGGCAGCAGCUGGACUCUGCGAGCAAGGAGAUGUGGCCCAGGCUGGCAUGGCUGUUCAAGGUGUACGCUAUGGCGCAGUACUUGUGCUCAACUCCCAGGGCAGGCGAUUGGAAGAUGGCGGGAAGUGAUGGUGAGAAGGUUCCAGAAAGCCCGGGUGGAGUCACCACAGCCCAUCGAGUGAUCACAGAGCUGUGUGCAUUCCUGGUGGAGUGUGAGGACAGGGUUUCCAGGAGUGAAGGGACUGACAAUGCGCUGCUGAGGCUGUCUAUCCUCCUUUUUGAGUUGAGGGAUUGGUGUGCCGUGGCAUUCAUCGGCUCGCUGGCAGCAGGCAUGUCUGAUAGUCAGGCCUUCCUGAAGGGCCUUGCUGUGGCUACCAGGCUCAAAGGGGUGCAGGGCACGCCGGAAUACAGUGGGCAAGUCCAGGCAGCUGUGCAGCUGCUCUUCGCCGGUGCAACAGGUUUUGUAGGUGAGGGCGAGAGUAUCUUGAGAGAGUUCUGGAAGAAGGUGUGCUCAGGGGGGCAGCAUGAAGGUCACAACGAUCUCCACCUGAUGUACCUGGAGGCCGCGAUGCUCGUGAUGGAGAUGACUGGGGCCCCCGAGGGUGCCAUCCAAUUUGCUGAUGCAGCCGUGCGGCAUGUAGAGACCAGCACCACCUGGGACUGUGACAUGGAGCAGAGAGUCAGCGAGGCAGGUGGCCUCCGCACGCGUGCCCUGAGAUACGCCUGCGAGGCCGGCGAUUUCGACACGGCCUACGCUGCACUCCUCUCCCUAGACCAACCUCACCAAGCCCUUGCCUAUGUUGAGCAAUUAGUCAAGAGGGCCUGCAUGGCCGGCCAGGUGGACGCUCUUUUGAAGCUGCCAUUCUCUGGGCUCCUGCGAGUGGCCAAGCAGGGCGCCAUCACGGUGGUGUCCCUGUUCCAGGCAGCACUUGAUGUACUGGAGGAGUGGGGCGCAAAGGCACCGUUGGACAAUGUGCCUCAGCCGUACAUGGUGUGGCACGCACUGGCCAUCUCCCACAACAAGUUUCGGGAGGCGGCAGAGGCCAUGGUGAAGUAUGCGAGGCGGGUGCAGGCGGAUGCACCUGCUGUAGAGCCACAAGGCAUCUUGCGGAUGGAGAACGCACUGGCUUGCGCCGUUGCCGCCCUCGAGCUGGUGCCAGAAAGGGAUGCGUGGAUAGUCGACCCCGCAAACGGUGACACGGGAGUCGCCAGCCUUGCUGACCUGACGCGCGAGUAUGCGGUGGUGUCGGCCUGCGUCGCUCUCUCGCAAUCUGGCCGCGCCCCCACAGGCACCAGAUGGACGUCCCUGAGGGGCAGUGACGUCUUUGCCGAGCUGCUGGCAGCACGCGAUUACGCCGGGGCGCUUGCACUGUCGUCGCGUCUGCACGAGGGCUACGAUCUGACCAAACACGCCGAGAGGGUGUUCACGACGUGGGUGGCGGAUUGCCUGCAACGGCAGCUUGAUGGCGAGACAGACCUCGAAUGCUGCGAGGACUGCUGGAGCGACCUGCGACGAUGUCUGGAGAGCACCGAAGCCGAGAAACACGGCCAGCAGCUGAGGUUCUGCGUCGCCGACGCCAUACAGAGGGAAGGCAAGCGGGUGCAGCUGCCGGAGUGGCUGCUUCGACUUUGUCAGGAGAGCGACGGAAACAGGUGGACGGCAAGGUAG